UCUCGCUCUCGCUCCCUCUCUCUUUCCCUGCCGGCUGGGUGCUGAAGUUGGGCGGAUGGCAGCAAACCAGCUCCGCUGAGGACCAGCUGCACAAGCCUUUCCCCGGGAGCGUUCAGUGCCAAGCACACCCAUCCAGGCGGGGCCACUGGGGGACUGACGUAGCUGAAAUGAGAAAAAGGCAACAGUCACAAAAUGAAGAAACAUCUGCUGUGUCUCAAGCACCUGGAAACCAAAGGCCCAACAACACAUGUUGCUUCUGUUGGUGUUGUUGUUGCAGCUGCUCAUGCCUCACUGUUAGGAAUGAAGAUAGAGGGGACAAUACAGGAAGGUCGACACAUACAACCAAAAUGGAGAACAUCCAAGUCAUAGAAGAGUGCCAAAAUCCUACUGCAGAUGAAAUUCUGUCUUGGGCUCAAAAUUUUGACAAGAUGAUGAAAACACCAGCUGGUAGGAAUAUUUUCAGAGAGUUUCUUCGAACAGAGUAUAGUGAAGAGAACCUGCUUUUCUGGCUAGCGUGUGAAGACCUGAAGAACGAACAGAGUAAGGAAACUAUUGAAGAAAAAGCAAGGCUUAUAUAUGAAGACUACAUUUCUAUACUUUCACCAAAAGAGGUUAGUUUAGACUCACGGGUGCGAGAAGUAAUCAACAGAAAUUUGUUGGAUCCCAAUCCUCACAUGUACGAAGACGCUCAACUUCAGAUCUACACCUUAAUGCACAGAGACUCUUUCCCUAGGUUUUUGAACUCUCAAAUUUAUAAGUCUCUUAUUGAAAGCACUACAGGCUCUACUUCUGAAACUUAGGUCUAUUUGGGGGUUUGAAACCUUGCUUUAGCUUUUGGGGGAUGGGUGGGGGAAGGACUAUUAGGAUGAAGACAGACGUAACAUUUUUAGAGCAAGGGGGUCUGUUCGAGAAGCACCCUCACUGCAUUCAGUCCAAGUCGUACCUUUCCUCUCCAGGGUCGAGCUCUGGAAAAAACAGUUCUGCCCUUUUGAAGUGGGAGCCGGCUGCGCACGGUGCUGAUUUGCUGAGCCCGCCUCCCUGCCCCAUGAUGUCAACAAGGAACCUCUCCCAAAAUAGCUAGAGCAAUAUUGCACUUUAA